AUAUCUCAUUCCAAGACAACUCCUCCACCUAACAAAAAAAAAAAAAAAUUAAAAAGAUUGUGAUUUGGUUCUUUGCAAUUUCUUCUUCUUCUCUAGCUGCUAAUUCUCUCAGCAGGAGCAAGAUUCAAUGGAAGAACUCAAAUCUUUUCCUUUAUCAGAAGUCACUCUUCAUUCAUCCAAAUCUGAUUGUUGGCUAACCAUCCAUGGCAACGUUUAUGAUGUGACUAAUUUCUUGGAAGAGCAUCCAGGAGGAGAAGAUGUUCUAUUAGAAUCUGCAGCCAAAGGAGAUGCAACAAAUGAUUUCGAAGACGUGGGUCAUAGUUCAACAGCUACAAGCAUGUUGAGUAGCUACUUGAUCGGUACUUUAGAAAGUAGUAGCUCCAAAAAUGGCGAAGUUGUUCAACAAAGUUCAAAGGGUGUGAAGAAUGUUGCAGCAAAGACAGCAACAUUAGAAAGACAAGUAUCCGCUCCUUCUUCAAUGAGGAAGUUAAUUGUACCAUUUAUCAGUUUCGUUGUUGCAUUUGUAGCUUGGUAUUAUUAUUCUCAUUCUGGAAAGAAGUCUUGUUGCAGCCACCACCACUAGGUGGAAUAUGGUCUCCCCGGGUGGCCAUUUCCAUCAUUUGUGAGACCGAUUGAUAAACAUAUUGUGGCAAAGAGGUUUCUGGUUUGUAGUGAAUUUUCGUACAAGAUAAAGGACUUUAUUUUUGAGUAACUUUCUUAUUGAUGUAAGACUUAAACAAGUUUUAACUUCCAGUAGUGAAAAUUUAAUAUCUAAUUAAUCUA